CAUACCCCUACCUCCACUCCGCCCCGGAGGCACGCCGCUGUCCUCAGCCGCCUCUCUGCCGCCCUCGCACGGCGCUGCGCACGUCGCACUCCUCGCGCGCUCACUGCCGUCCGGCUCCGCCUGCUGCGGCACUGUCCGGGCUCGGAGCGCGUCGCGUCGCACGACCACACGGCGCCCGUGCCGCGUCCUCUCCACCACUCCUGUGCCGCACCUGAGCAGCGUCACGUCGUCUCCGUGCUGCACGUCCAGUCUCCGGGUGGUGUAGAGCUGCAGACGCCGCGAGCGCAGGCUGCUCGAGCCGUGGCAUGCCGCGCGGCAGUCCUGCGGUCGCGUCUGCCCUGGCGUCCACCUCCUCCUCGAGCGCCAUGCCGUCCGCGGGGGCUGCAGCGGCUGCACCUGCGCCAGGCUUUCCCUUUCUUCCGCGCGCGCUCGCCGGCACGGGCAGCGGCAGCGGCGCGGGUAGCAGCAGCAGCUCCAGUGCGGCGCACGGCAGCCAUGUGCGCCGUGCAGCCUCGCCGCGAGCGUCCGGCUCGAACUCGCAUGGCGCUGCAGGCCUGGCUCGCUCUCCGUCGCCGCCUGCGCCUCGCUCGCCGCCACCAGCGACGCCAUCGAGCUUGCUGCAGUCUACGUCAAACGACGUCAUGCCGUCGCUGAACAUGCUCGGCAAGCUGAGCACGACACUGUCGCGCAUGCGAAGCGAGACGCGCCAACGUGCCCAGCGUCUCGAUGCCGACUUGCAAGACGACCUGGCUGGCCGCCCGCUUCGCAGCAGUGGCAUGCAGACGCGUGCUCGCAGCGGCAGUGCCGUCAGUCCUGGUCCGCGCUCGACCUCUAUCUCGGCAGCUGCCGGUGGGUCGGGGCACAAGUUCCGCAUCAAGCGUGAUCCCUCGCUCUCGGCCUCGCUGUUGCCCGACGGAGAUGGACGCGCCGCCUCGAGUGGCCCGAUUGCUGAGAACGACUUUGGCGCCUCGCCGGCACGGCCGCCGCCAGCGCGCACAUACUCUGGGGUUGCGCGCCGGAAACGCAAGCGCGAGAGCGGCACGGGUGCCGGAAGCAGCAGCGAAGACGAGCCGCUGAGGGCACAGCAGCCGGUCGAAGCGCGCACGAAUGGAUCUGGCGCGGCAGAGGGCAAGGGCGACGGGAAGCUGGGCAUCAGGUUGAAAACGAACAUUGUGCUGCCGCGAAAGCCAAGGCGCAACUCCGAUCACCCGCUGUCCAGUCUCGCCCUGUCCGGUCCCGGCGCGCCAGACGGGCCUCCACCCGCCGGCUGGGAGCUGCCGCCGCGGCACUUCUCCGUGCCCGAGCUGCGUUCUGCGCGUCCGCCGCCUGCACACGCGACGCACCCGCUGCAAGUGACGCAGGACUUCUCGUCGCAGGACUGGAAGGAGCGUGAGCGCGAGCGCGAUCGCCUCGAUGCCUUGGCCGGCGCUUCUUCCGGCUCAGGACAAAACACUGCGCUGGGCCGCGCCAGAGACAAGAAGGGCGAGCAGACGCCGCAUCACGUCUUUCAGCACUACACGGACACCUGGUUCCGUACGCUGACUGAGGAUGAUCUGGCUUGGCUGAGCGCGAAACGCGACGACUCAGAUCUGUUCCAGAUUCCGCCGCUUGGACGACACUACAGCGAGCAGUGGGCUGCCGAGGACGCCGACUUCUUCGGCAUCAGCAGCGCCGAGGCCGCGCAUGCAGCUGGCCUGAAUGGUCUCGCUGGCGGCAGCGCCGGCACGCCAGCUCAGCGCCUCGCUCUGCCGCCCGCUGCGCCUUUCGACCCGCGGACGAUGCGCGACGAGCACGCCAGCGGCGCCUCUCGAGAAGACGCCCGCGGCGGGCCGCUGACAGAACGACUGCUGUCUGCACUGUUGCCCGUGCCGCCUGGCGGCAGCAGCGCAAGCUUGCCGCUGCCGAAUGGCUCGGCGUUCGCCUCUGGGUCACGCCCCGGCACUGCGCCGCCGAGCCAGAACGGUGCCGCAUCGCAACCCAACGGCCGCUCGCCUUACGUGCCUGGCACGCCGAACGGGCACUCGGAGCGCAGGGAACCGAUCGUGCCGCCUCGUGUGCAGGACAUGCGGACGUUCGAGGAGCGAUUGCGAGGCGAGCUGCGCAUUCUGGAUGUCGUGGGCGACGAGCCGACGGACUGGUCGACGCGCCAGGACGACGAGAUCUCCGCCAUGCUUCGCACCGUGCAGCACGAGCUGCGCACGCAGAUCGACGUCAACGCCGCGCGCAAGGAGCGCCUGUAUGCCAUCGCGACGGACCGCAUGGCGUAUCAGGACUACAUGUCGUGCAUGACGUCGGUCGAGAAGGAGAUCGAGAUCGGCUGGAACAAGCGUCAGGCGGCCAUCAAGCGCAGCCUCGCGCCCAAGAAGAAGAAAGGCGGCUCUGCAGCGGCGGCCGCGGCGGCGGCUGCCGCUGCUGCCAGCACUUCGAACGGCCAUGCCAGCGGCACAAGCCAAGGCGCCGCUGGCACGAGCUCUGGCGACGGCGCUGCAGCUGUGGGCACGCCUGGCGGGCCCGGCGGCGCCUCAAUACCCGGCGCAUCGACGUCUCUGCCGGGCCCGGCGCCGCCGCAAUUCUCCGACAGCCUCAUCGCUGCGCUCAAGAGCCGCGAGCAGCUGCAGCGCGCCUUCAUGCCCAUGUUCACGGCGCAGCCGCACGCCUGGCGCACGCCGCGCCCCGACGAGAGCGUCUUUGCCGACCUGCCGAGCGAGCAAGAGCCGCAUCGCGCUGCGCCCCAUCCCGCCUCCCAGCCGCCGCCUGAGUAGCACCUCAGCUGUGCGCCCCUCCGCAGUCUGGCGUCGCCGGCCGCCCCUCCUCGCGCGCCUCUGCGCCAUGUGUACUCUGCCCGCGCAACCUGCUCCACCUUGCAACCCUCUUAACGUGACCCCUCCUCGCAUGUCCUGUCAGCUGUCUCCCGGCCUGCACACUCUCGAACCCAUCCUU